GUACGAACUCACUCACACAUGUGCAAGCAAAAAAAAAAAACCCAAUAAAAUGAAUAAAAACGAAACGACUGUUUUUUAGAAGAAGAGAAAGGCGGAACAAUAGAGAGAGAGAGGAGAGAGAGAAUGGGAGAGGUAGCUGAUAAUAAUAAUACAUUGAUGAAGAAGAAGAAGAAAGGUAGGCCUUCUCUACUUGACCUCCAAAAGCGAGCUCUCAAACAGCAACAAUUGCUCCAGCGAAGAAAUCCCGAUGAAGAAGAAGAAGAGCUUAGAUCCGGUUUCAGAAACCCUAAUUCCGGCGCCCGAUCAAAUCGCCGGAAUUCGAAUUCUGACGACGACGAUGAUGAGCGGAGAGACAAAAAGCAUCGGCUUUUGCACGGAUUGAAUUCACACGACCGUCGUGAUUCUUCUAAUUCCAAAUCUGUCGGCGGCGAUUUGGACUCCGAUGCAAUCAGACGCCGGAAAAUUGACGGAUCUGACGAUACGGGAGAAAAGGCUUCGAAAGCGACAGACAUUCUUCCAAGAGGGUCACUUGUGGAGUCUACACCUUUGCCAGACAAAAAGUUGCUCUUGUUCAUCCUAGAUAGAGUUCAAAAGAAGGAUACAUAUGGAGUGUACUCUGACCCUGCUGAUCCAGAGGAGCUUCCUGAUUAUUAUGAUAUUAUCAAGAAUCCCAUGGAUUUCAGCACAUUGCGGAAGAAAUUAGAAUCCGGGGCAUACACUACCUUAGAACAAUUUGAGCAAGACGUAUUUUUAAUAUGCACGAAUGCGAUGGAAUACAAUUCAGCAGAUACAGUAUACUUCAGACAGGCACGAGCCAUGCUUGAGUUGGCUAAAAAGGACUUUGGAAAUUUGAGACAAGAAAGUGAUGGAGAAGAACCAGUGUCACUUUCACAACAGCCUAAAGUGGUUAAAAGAGGCCGUCCUCCAGGCUCAGGACUUAAGAAACAGCUUGAGCAAUCUUUGAUUGAUCGCACGACUUCUAAUAUAUCAGCUGAUGCAGCAGCACUCACUUAUGCUGGAGAUAGCUCUAGAUUAUCCGGUUCUUACAAUCUAAGAAAAAAUCCUCCUUCUUAUGGAUUCCGUCAAGCAGAAACUUCGGUUAGAAUCAACCAUAGUAGCGAGAAUCAAAGUGGCUUGAUGAUAGAUUGGGAGAAGGAGUUUCCACCUUCUGUUGUGAAGGCUGUCCAUAAAUACGGGAUGAAAAAUGUCGACGAGAACAGGCGAGAUACCUACGACCAGAUUUCUACUUCCUUGCAAGAAUCUUCGAUUUUUACAAUGCUUGAAGAUGAUUUAAAACAGUUAACUCCAGUUGGAUUGAAAACUGAAUAUGGGUAUGCUAGGAGUCUAGCACGAUAUGCAGCAAAUCUUGGUCCUGUUGCUUGGAGAUUUGCCAAUGCAAGAAUUGAAAAAUUGUUACCAACUGGAACCCAAUUUGGUCCCGGGUGGGUUGGAGAGAACCCAGAAGCGCCUCCUGAGAAUCCUCCUCAACAGCAAAACUUAGUGUCGGGAAAGCAGAAGUGUUCGAAUGACUUUGCGUCUGAUGAUCAUCAUCAGUCAAGCAGAAUCAUGUCUCCGACAACCUCUGUCUCAAGCUCCAUCAUAGGAAACAGACAUUCUUCCCAUGAAAGCAAAGAGUCUGUGCCAACUGCUCACGUAUUGAAUCAAGAAACCGAGAGUAAUGGUCUAGUCCGUGCUUCCAGCGGAUUUAACCAACCACAAAACCAGAUGCUGGAAACAGCUGUUUCGCAACAAGGCUUGUUUCCGAACAUAAAACAGGAAUUUCAGCAGUUGCCACCGGAUCUCAAUGCUAGACUUGUCUCACCAAACUCACCGGGCUCGAACCACCAGGCAGGUUCAUCGCAGCAUCCGGAUUUAGCAUUACAACUCUAAGUACUUUGUACUAAUAUUGAAAGCUUUACCGAUAUAGGAGGGAGAAGAAGAGGCAGAGGCAUGUGAUUCUUGGUACAAGGUUGAAUAUAUAGGGAAAGUCUAUGUACAGAUUGUUGCAAUUUUCUGAUUUUUUUUAGAGUAAAAAGAAAAGGAAGAAAACCGAUAAGAGUACUCUCACAAGAUGUAUGAAUAUAAACUUUGUAGAAUUUUCUAGAUGUGAUAAAACUUGAACAUUACUUCUCUA